AUGAAAAGGUUUUUUCCCACGGAAGACACGCACCUCAUCUUUCAGCGGGAACUCGCGCCUCUGUCGGAGUUGAAGCACGACAAUGUCAUCAAAGUGCUUACGGCGUUCCUCGACGGGGGGCUCAUGCAUGCCCUCUUUGAGCUCCUCGACCACAGCAUUGUUGACGAGGUGGAGAUGAAAGGCUGCGGUCUGGAGGGUCCGACGGUCAAGGAAUACAGUUUCCAGAUCCUCACCGCAGUGGACUUCAUCCACAGCCACAAUAUAAUGCAUCGAGACAUCAAGCCAGAUAACCUGCUGGUCUCGCACUCGGGAGUCCUCAAGUUGGCCGACUUUGGCUCCAGCCGCACGUCCAACCAUGUGUCCAACCAUGCGUUUAACCAUACGUCCAACCAUGCUGCCGCACCGCUCACACGGGAUGCUGGCACGUUGUGUUUCCGUGCACCAGAGAUGCUGUUGAUGGACCCUGACUACAACAAGCCUGCUGAUGUGUGGGCCGUUGGGUGCACCUUGGUGUUCAUGGCCGUGGGAAACUACUUCCUGAGAGGCGAAAUAACCCCGAAACAAAUCAAGAUGAUUAUAACCAAAGUGGGACCUCUGACUGCCAUCCAGGAGCAGCAAUAUUACGCCCAAGAGUUUGGGGCCCUGCCCGUGGUGCUCCCCCCCACCGACCUGAUGGAGAAGUACGGCCUCUCCGACCUCCUGCUGGCUCAGCUAGUGGAGAUGUGUCUGCAGAUGGACCCGGUGGACAGGUGGGGCUGCUCUGCGCUGCUGAGACACCCAUACUUCACCCAAGAUCAUUUCCACGAGAGGUUUCCCAAGGAGCUGCAGAAGAUGGUCGACCAGGACCUGUCUGUCGCCCUCAUGGUGGACCAAGAGUCGUUCCCACCAAUUACAACAUGGGAAAAUAUCCUGGAACACAUUAACAGUCCCGCGGUGGAGAAAGAAGAUGAGGAAAAGUGCUGCUGUCUCGAACAUUUACGGGAACUUUGGAAGGACAUAACAGAAGCACUCUGGAGAACCAUCGACAAAGGCUGGGGCUUGUUGAGGUAA